CUGGCUGGCUAGAGAGAGCAGCUGCUGUUUCACUCGUGGCAGCACCCGGCACGCCUCCACCACACUCUCCUCCACCACUAUAUUCACCAUGGCCUCCACGUUAGCUCAAGUCGCCAGGGUAGCCCUCACCAAGGCCCCGAGCCAUGCCAGGGUCGCUGUGCCUACCGCCAUGGCCCAGAAAAUGUCAUACUCAACAGACAAGAGGAUUGAGGUGAAGAACCCUGUGGUGGAGCUGGAUGGAGAUGAGAUGACCCGUAUUAUCUGGGAGAAGAUCAAGGACUACCUCAUCUAUCCCUACCUCAAGAUCGACUGCAAAUACUACGACCUUGGGCUGCCUUACCGUGACCAGACCAACGACCAGGUGACCAUCGACUCUGCGCUGGCCAUCAAGAAGUACAAUGUAGGCAUCAAGUGUGCCACCAUCACCCCCGAUGAGCAGCGCGUGGAGGAAUUCAAGCUGAAGAAGAUGUGGCUGAGUCCUAAUGGCACCAUCCGUAACAUUCUGGGCGGCACGGUGUUCAGGGAGCCCAUCAUCUGCAAGACCAUUCCCCGCCUGGUGCCCGGCUGGACCCAGAGCAUCAUCAUCGGCAGGCACGCCCACGGAGACCAGUACAAGGCCACGGACAUGGUCAUCCCCGGCAAUGGCAGUGUUGAGAUUGUGUACACUCCUGAGGGCGGAGAGCCACAGAGGACCAAGGUGUUUGACUUCAAGCAGGGCGGCGGCGUCACCAUGGCCAUGUACAACACUGACGAGUCCAUCCGUGACUUUGCCCACUCCUCCUUCCAGGUGGCACUGGGCAAGGGCUGGCCACUGUACAUGUCCACCAAGAACACUAUUUUGAAGCGUUAUGAUGGUCGCUUCAAGGACAUCUUUGAGGAGAUCUACCAGGCAAAGUACAAGAAAGACUUUGAUGCCAAGGGGAUCUGGUACGAGCACAGGCUGAUUGACGACAUGGUGGCUCAGGGGCUCAAGUCGUCUGGUGGCUUCGUGUGGGCCUGCAAGAACUAUGAUGGUGAUGUGCAGUCCGAUGUGGUGGCUCAGGGCUAUGGUUCCCUCGGCCUCAUGACCUCUGUGCUGAUGUGUCCCGACGGCAAGACCAUCGAGUCUGAGGCAGCCCACGGGACAGUCACUCGCCACUACAGGGAGCACCAGAAGGGGAACAAGACCUCCACCAACCCUGUUGCCUCCAUCUUUGCCUGGACCCGCGGCUUGGAGCACCGUGCCAAGCUGGACGGCACCCCUGAGCUGGCCAGGUUUGCCCAGAGUCUUGAGGCAGCUUGCAUUGACACUGUGGACUCCGGCAAUAUGACCAAGGAUCUGGCUGGCUGCAUUCAUGGACUCAAGAAUCUGAAGGAGGGAAUGUACCUGCACACCAAUGACUUCCUGGAGGCUAUUCGUGAGGAGCUGGCAAGGAAGAUGGCUUAGAGAGGAAGAUAGCAAUGGGAAAGGCCUGGAGCAAGGAAGAUAGCAAGUGGGGAAGAGCCUAGAACAAGGAAGAUGACCUAGAAAGCAAGAUAACACAGUGGGGAAGGGCCUGGAGUGUGUGGGAGAUGUUGCCAUAAGUUCAAAGCUUCAUUGUGGGACAGUGUAGUUAUGAAGGAAACAAAAAAGUUGUACGGGAGAUUAAAGAUACCUGUGUCUGAUUUUUUUUAACUUUUUGUUUUGAUUGUUCUUACGUGCUUGUGUAAGGAAUGGGUAGAUCUGAUACGAGCUUAUUCUUGUGCUAAAUGAAGCCUUUUCUUUGCUGCAGUGAAGGGGAUUGGAACCAGUGUUGUGAAGUCUGUUUUAAGAUUUUGUAAAGCAAGUGAAGGGAAUCCAGUGUAGAGAAUGAUUUGUAAAGAAAGUCAAGAGGAUUAAAUUGUGUCAAGAAAAGUGAAUGGCAUUGAAUUGUUUAUUGAGGUGUUUAUAAAGAAAGUGAAGAGAGUUGAGUUGCCUUUGAAGUAUAAAGUGAAGGGAAUGAAAUUGUUUUUAAGUAAUUAUAAAGAAAGUGAGGAGCAUUGAAUUGUUUUUAAGGUAUUUAUAAAGAGUGUGAAGAGUUUUAUUGUCUUUAAAGUAAUUUUGAAGAAAGUGAAAGGAGUUGAAUUGUCUUUGAAGCAAUUAUAAAGUGAAGAUAAUUUGUACAGAAAAUUAAAACAAUUUGUCUUUGGAAUAUUUGUACAGAAAGUGAACAUAAUUAAAUUGUCUUUUUGGAGAAAACUGAA